AACUGAGGUAGUGAACCAAACAGACCCAUAGUCUUACUCUUUUAGCCGCGAACCGAACAACCAAAACCCAGCAGUUCCGCCGUCGCGGAAUUCCGAAAGCCCGCCGUCGCCGGAGACGAUCGCGCACACUUCGCACGGGCACGACUGUGGCCAAAUGGCGCCGAAGAAGAAGCAGCCGGACUCGAAGCAGAGGCAGAAGCCCAAGUCCUCGUCCUCCUCAUCCGCAGCCACCGCCGCGCCGCGCCUCCAGAUCUCGUCGGAGAACGAGCGCCGCCUCCGCCGCCUCCUCCUUAACUCCUCCGCACCAUCCCCGUCACCUGCCAACGUCUCGGAAGUCCGCGGCGAGUCGAGGGAGCAGAAGGCGCGGCGGCUGCGUGGCGUGUACGACAAGCUCGCUCUCGAGGGCUUCUCUUCCGCGCAAAUCGAGCAGGCGCUCUCCGCGAUACCCGAUUCGGCGACGUUUGAAUCGGCGUUGGACUGGCUAUGUUUUAAUCUGCCUGGCGAUGAGCUCCCCCUCAAGUUCUCCAGCGCUGGCGACAGCACCAUGUCGUCUCUCACAGGAGCUGAAGGUUCUGUUAAAGUACUGUCCACAGCCAAGGACAAUUGGGUGCCACAGAGUCGUGAACCUGAGGAGGUGAAGGUGAGCACCGAGGGGUUGGAAGUUAGAAUUGGUGGGCGGAGAGAUGAGAAUGUGUCACUGGAUGAUGGGCGAUUGUCACAAGCUGCAUGGAUUCGUCAAUACAUGGAACAACAAGAGGAGGAAGAGGAUGCAAAUUCCAAUGAUUCCUCUACAUGGGAGGAUCACUGCUUACAAAGUUUUGAAGUUGUCGAAGCAAAGCCAAGUAGGCGGAAGAGCAAGGCUGCAAAAAAGAAUUCCAAGCAUGGAAACUUGAAGGAACAGAUAAGCUAUCCUACCAAUUCUGUAUCUUCAAAUUCUGAAACUGCAAAUGUUGAGGGUGUUCAGAAUGAUUUAGAGGCAAGUGAGGAAAGAUCUGAGAGUCUAGGCAAUAUUGAUGAAGGAUCUGAUUUGAAAAAGGAAAUUCCUAAGGAUAUUGAUAAAACUUGUGCAAAGGAGGUAGACGAAGAGGUGAUAGAGCUUGAUAACAUGUUCUUUGAAGACUCAUCUGCUUGGGAAGCAGUGGCUCCAGAAAUCUUGAAACAGCAACAAAUAGAGAAAUUAUCACAUGAUGGUUAUGGCCAUCUUAUUGGAAACAUAGAUGAUAUAUGGAAGAAGGGAGAUUCUGGUAAAAUGCCGAAAGCUGUUCUACAAAAGUUUUGUCAAAAACUUGGUUGGGAAGCACCAAAGUAUAAUAAAAUAUCUGAGAGAGAUGGCAAAUUUGUAUAUUCUGUUAAUGUGUUGCGGGGAGCUACUGGCCGUGGUAAGAGUCGGAAGGCUGGAGGCUUGACGAUAAUCCAGUUACCUAAACUACAUGAAGAAUAUGGAUCUGUUCAGGAAGCACAAAGUCGAGUUGCAGCUUUUGCUCUAUAUCAAUUUUUUGCUGACCUUCCACUACGUCAACUGCUUACUGAGCCAUACUCAUCACUUAUUUUAAGAUGGCAAGAAGGUGAAUUGUCAUCUACAUCAAGGGUGCUGGUUACGGAGGAUAGGCGAAGAUCUGGCUUUGUAGAUAUGUUAUUGAAUAUAGAUGCAGAUACAAUUCCUUCAUCUGAAAUAGAAAAUUCUGAUACUGAUGUCAUAUCUAUGGAUUCUGGGAAUACUGAAGGCAGCAAAUCUGUGAAUGAGAAGAGACAGACUACCAUGACGAGUUGUAUGGGAUUGAAAUCAGCAGAGCGUGCAGAGAGUGCAAUUUUGAAAAAGCAGUUGGAAGAUAAAAGGAAGCUACCAAAUUACUUGAAAAUGCUGGAAGCAAGAGCUUCUCUACCAAUAGCUAGACAGAGGCAACACUUCCUACAGUUGCUGAAAGAGAACGAUGUAGUUGUUGUUAGUGGAGAAACUGGAUGUGGGAAAACAACUCAGGUGCCACAGUUUAUUUUGGAUGACAUGAUUGAAUCUGAACUUGGAGGUUCUUGCAAUAUAGUUUGCACACAGCCCCGGCGGAUAGCGGCUAUUUCUGUGGCCGAAAGAGUAUCUGAUGAAAGGUGUGAACCAUCACCUGGAUCGAAUGAUUCACUGGUCGGAUACCAAGUUCGUCUCGACAGUGCACGGAAUGAGAGGACAAAGCUUUUGUUCUGUACUACUGGUAUCCUUCUCAGAAAGUUAUCUGGAAACAGAGACUUAAGUGAUGUUACCCAUGUUGUUGUGGAUGAAGUACAUGAACGUACAAUUUUGAGUGACUUCCUGCUUAUUGUUCUUAAGAAUCUUGUUGAGAAACGCUCCAAUCAACAAGGAAGGAAGUUGAAAGUGAUUCUCAUGUCUGCAACGGUUGAUUCAAGCCUAUUUGCACGAUAUUUUGGAGAAUGCCCCGUGAUCAGUGUUGAAGGAAGAACACAUCCAGUGUCAACUCAUUUUCUUGAGGAUGUUUAUGAGAAAAUGGAGUACUGUCUUGCAUUGGAUUCUCCUGCAUCAGGAGCUUACUUUGCGCAGCAUGGGGAAAAGUGGAAGCAUGCUAGCAGCUCAGUGAACAACCGACGAGGAAAAAAGAACCUUGUCUUAUCCUCAUGGGGUGAUGAGUCAACGCUUUCCGAAGGCUAUGUUAACCCUCACUAUAUUUCUGAUUACUAUAGGUCAUAUAAUGAGAGAACCAACCAAAAUCUAAAACGCUUGAAUGAAGAUGUCAUCGAUUUUGAUCUAUUGGAAGACUUGAUAUGCUAUAUUGAUGAGAACUGUCCUCAGGGUGCUAUUCUUGUUUUUCUUCCUGGAGUUGCAGAGAUUGACUUGUUGAUUGAUAGAUUAUCUGCUUUAGUUAGAUUUGGAGGGGCAUCAUCUGAUUGGAUCCUUCCUUUACAUUCACUGCUUGGACCCUCUGAUCAAAGGAAAGUGUUCCAGUCUCCACCAGAUAACUUCCGCAAGGUUAUUAUUGCCACAGACAUAGCAGAGACCAGCAUUACAAUUGAUGAUGUAGUAUAUGUAGUUGAUACUGGAAAGCACAAGGAGAACCGUUAUAAUCCACACAAGAAAAUGUCAAGCAUAGUAGAAGAUUGGAUUUCUCGUGCAAAUGCAAAACAGAGACGGGGUAGGGCUGGUCGUGUGAAGCCUGGUUUAUGUUUCUGUCUGUAUACAAGGCAUCGGUUUGAAAACGUCAUGCGUCCAUUUCAGGUGCCUGAGAUGUUACGGAUGCCUUUGACUGAGCUGUGCCUGCAAAUAAAAUCACUUCAUCUUGAUGACAUCAAAUCCUUCCUGCUAAAGGCAGUAGAGCCCCCUAAUGAAGAAGCUAUUUCCUCUGCAGUUGACUUGUUAUACAAGGUUGGAGCUUUUGAAGGACAUGAAGAGUUGUCACCUCUUGGGUAUCAUCUGGCGAAACUGCCUGUUGAUGUUUUGAUUGGAAAGAUGAUGCUUUAUGGUGCUAUCUUUGGUUGUUUAUCACCAAUUCUGUCCGUUGCUGCUUUCCUGAGUUAUAAAUCUCCAUUUCUCUCUCCAAAAGAUGAGAAGCAAAAUGUGGAGAAAGCAAAAGCCACAUUAUUGAAUGAGAACCUUGAUGGAUCUAGUUCUGUAACAGAUAAUAAACAAUCCGAUCACCUGCUAAUGGUAAUUGCAUACGACAAAUGGUCCCGCAUACUGCUACAGAAUGGUGAUAAAUCUGCUCGUCAGUUUUGCCAUUCAUUCUACUUGAAUAGUACUGUGAUGCACAUGAUCAGGGACAUGCGUCUUCAGUUUGGUACCUUGUUAGCAGACAUUGGACUUAUAGAUCUUCCUAAAGAUACUCUGAGGCACAAGGUGGGCAGUAGAAAAAAUAAUCUCGAGAGCUGGUUUUCUAAUAUGUCUCUUCCAUUCAAUGCCUAUGCUCGCUGCACCUCGGUUAUUAAGUCGGUGAUGUGUGCAGGUCUAUACCCUAAUGUGGCAGCAUCUCUAGAGGGUGUUGAUCCUGGAGCUCUAGGUGGAAGAAAGCCAUCUGAUGUUCUGUUCAGUAAGGACCGUCCUCGAUGGUAUGAUGGAAGGCGAGAAGUUCAUAUACAUCCAUCAUCUGUUAAUCACAGCUUGAAAGCUGUUCAAUAUCCAUUUUUGGUGUUUCUUGAAAAGGUUGAGACAACCAAGGUGUUCUUACGUGAUACUAGCGUCGUUUCCCCCUACUCACUUCUUUUGUUUGGUGGUUCCAUGGUAAUCCAACAUCAGACAGGAGUGGUUGUUAUAGAUGGAUGGUUGAGGCUGUCUGCUGCUGCACAGACUGCUGUUUUAUUCAAGCAACUUCGGAUGACUCUUGAUGCUGUUCUAAAAGAACUGACAAGAAAACCAGAGAUGGCAACUUUUGUUGACAACGAAGUGGUCAGGUCCAUCAUUCAUUUAUUGUUAGAAGAAGACAAGGCUCGAUAAGCAUGAAUUCAUGGCAAUCCUAUCGAUACUAAUUUUUUAGUAAAAACACUAUCGGUCCCUAAAAUUUUUUAGUAAAAACACUGUCGGUCCCUAAACUUUUAAGUGUAUCAUCCGGUUCCUACACUCCUAAAAUGCACAUCGAGCUUUCUUUGGUAGGGAAACUUGUAUGAUUGCUCGUUUGAAUCAUUCUACUGCAUAUCACUAAUAAAAUAUAUUUUUUCUAGCCCCUUUUUUCCGUCCACGUUUGAAGAAUGAUAAUGAAUAGACAUACAUACAAACUACAUUCACAUGUUAAUCAAUGAAUUUAUAUUAAAUCUAAAACGAAUUAUAUUUUGGUAAAUGAUAAUGAAUAGACAUACAUACAAACUACAUUCACAUGUUAAUCAAUGAAUUUAUAUUAAAUCUAAAACGAAUUAUAUUUUGGUACGGAGGGAGUAAUAAUUCUUGAGUUGAGUAGUAGUAUCAUCUGUUUGGUAAUUUCAUUAUGAUAUGAUAAUUUUAACUGGCCAAUGAGGAUCAAUAUUUUGUAAAUGUGUCCAUGUGAUUAUGAUUUCUUGCACGAUUCGAAAAUGUAGGAGAAAUUACGGGUUGGCAUCUUAUCCAUUUUAUUUGUUGUAUUGGGUGUCUUAAUGGGGCCACCAGAGACAGGACACAGCCACCUGAUGUUGAGAGACUGGAAACAUUCUAAUUGUGUUUCUAUCGAAACAAAAUUUGAAAGUAGGGGACUGCAAAAUAAGGGUCUGUUACAGAUCCGUCAUCCCCUACUCUCGACCAAGUAGGGGACUGCAAAAUUCACUCUACCAAAAACCACUCAAAAUACCACUAACAAAAGAAGGACCUGACCAACCUUCCGCUAGAACUACUUAGCCAACCCCUUGAACGAAACCUGUCAAAUAAUGGUAGAAAACAUGGUGUCUAGUAUGUAAGUUUGAAGAUACGCUUUUCAGCUACUGUUCUUGUUGCUAAUGUACGCUUAAUAUCCAGAUGAUAGCCUUUUUUAGGAUAUAAUUAUGCUAUUCAGUUGCAUGGACAGAUGGUUUUAGAACUUGGCCAUUUUGAUAUUUUCUGUUCCGUCAUUCUUUGUAGGCUUUUGAUCAGUAUCGGUUUCUGCCGAUGUGCACGUUAGUCUGCACAGGAUUCUUAUUGCACAAUGUGGCUGAUUGCUAAUGUGGAAGCUGCAAAGCGGAAAAGGAGUUUAAUAUAUUAUUCGGCUGGCUGGCUUCAGGUGUUUGGACUGCUGCAGCUGUAAUCUAUAGAAACAAAAUACUAUAGAAACCACAGUUGCAGUCGGAUUAAAGCCGCAGCAAGCCGCAGUGAUUAAUGUGUUGCUUGUUUUAUAUGGAACAAGUUUGUGUCGGUCUAGUAUUAGUGUAAUACCCUUGUCCUAAUUUUGGAGCUUACGUGCAUCAACGUACAGAGCAGAUAAAACUCAAAAGCCUGAAUUGCCGUCAA